UGCGCGACAUCACUCUGCGUUCCGCUGCUGUCAUUCAAAUAACGGCGAAGUGCGAGUGGAUAUAAUAACACAUUUUACCUUUAUUUAACCACAUUAAUUAGAGACACACAUGAACGCAAUUCACAACACUAAAAUAGUAUCGCUGUUCCUCCAUAUUUGACCGGUUAACCUAGCAUGGUGGUGGCAGGCUAACAGUUUGUUUUACAGUCACAACAGUGAUAAUGAAGUGCUUGAGAACAGAGGAGUACGUCCAGCAGUUAUCAUGUGUAAAAGACACUGUAGUUCUUCACGACGAGCUGAAGACAGAUGACUUCCAUGUUCUGACAGAUGACUUCCAUGUUCUGGUACGGAAUUGCUUCGCAGUGCUGUGGAACAGUUUCCAGUCCAACAGAGCGAGUGGUUCCACCCUCCUUCCGCAGGACAGGCUUCACUGUCAGCUGCAAGCUUUAACUUUCAAACUCCUAGAACAGGGGUCCAGCUUGGCCUCUUUUCCAUCUAAAGUUCCUCUGUUUGUAGAAGAAGCAGUUGUAGAAUAUGAACGAUCUUGUGGUGGUUUUACUCAUGACGAUGUGAGUUUUCUGUCCUCUGAACUACGAGAACUGUUCUUCAGCCCUUUAAUCAAUCUGCAGGACUCUGCACUGACAUGUCUCUCGCUAGCAGUGCAGUGUGAGGUGGUGUUUAAGGUUUGUAAACUGCUCUGCAAGAGUCUGUUUUCAGCCGAGGCUGUUGGACUGUUAAGUGGUGCUUUGGAGGGUGUUGAUAGACACGUGGGUCUGCGUUUGGCUUUGAGCCUUGCAGAUCAUGCAGUGCAGCUGCAGAGUGCGUUAAGCUUGGGAGGUGAAUGCAGCAAGGCUUUCACUGAAAGUGCACGUUCCCUCAGGGGGCUGUCCCGUUCCAUGUCGGCUGCAGAGUCUCAUGCCCUAUUAGAGGCUUGUCAGCUGGUGGUUUGGGCGAUGGAAGCUGGUCAGUGUAAAGGCAUGGACGUAACUACAUUGCUGGCUUGCUUAUCAUUUUUGGAAGAAUAUCAGGAACUUCUGCUCACACAGCAAAAAGACUCAUUUUCACAGCAGGUGCAGUACUCGCUUUGUUUCAGUUUUUAUCAGGGCUUCAUUAUCACGUACGAUAGUCUUCAUGUAUCUCAGGUGUCUGCGGGAGAUGCUCUGGACAGAGUGCUGUUGUUCUGCCAGACGACAGCAGGACGGAUGCUUGCUGAACUGCGGACACUCAACAAUGACAAUUUCUUACUUAAAGCAGUGUGUGCAGUGAAUAAUGUGGUGUAUGAGCUGUUUAACAGGAAGCUGUAUGAGGGAGCCUUUGGUUUGGCUGUGAUUGUGUGUCAGGAGCUGUGUAAGGACUGCCCACCCUCUCUUCCUGUGGAUAGGGUCAACCGCUGUUUCAUGCUGACAGUGCAGUGUAGCCGGCGUGGGGGUCAGCUGGAGCGGGCUCUAGACUGGAUUGUGCGCUGGAUUCAGGUUUUGGGAACACAGAUUUUGGAUCAUUUGGCAGAACCUGUCUCGCUGUGGGUCAAAACCAAGUGUGAUGCUGCCCGAGCAGGAGAGGAUGACACGCGUCUAAGGACUCUGAGGGAUGGGUUGGGAGAAGCAAUAGCAGAUGAGGAGGUGAUGAUGUGUUUGUCAGAAGAGGAGUUGCGUUUGUAUAAAGAGCAGACUGGAGACACAACCCAGGAGCGCUACAACACACUCUGUGACCUCUUGGAUAUCUGCCAUGAAGAAACCCCACACACUCUGAGACGGGCAACUUAUCUGAGUGAGAUGGCACAGGUUGUGUGCUAUCAGGACUUCAGCCAACAGACUGACUGCUCAGCAGUUGACUUCACCCAUGAGGCAUUGUGGUUGCUGGAUUCGGAGCCAGAGACAGCAGAGAAUGCUGAUAGGUUGAUGGAUGAGAAGGCACACGCCUCCCUGUGGCUCUACAUCUGUACUCUUGAGACCAACCUGCAGGAGGCUGUGGACACAGAGAAGCGAUUGCGUGCAGUGCAGGAGGAGAAUAAAAUGGAGAUGAAUAUGGAUCCUGUUCCCACUAAUGAUCUGGAGUAUGAAGACAAACAGAAAUCACAAGAGAGCCAGUUAGUCUAUGAUGGACUAUGCUUCAAUCUACUAGCUCAAAGCAAGCUGAGUGAGCCUUUGGACAGAUGUUUGUCUCUGUGGCGGAGUCUGCUCAAGGGGUCUGUGCCUGCAGUUAGAGACCCUAAACUCACUGCUUCUUCCAUGACAUUGAUGGCUGCCCUCUACACUCUUAUGGGCAAACACCUGCAAGCUCUGGAGGGAUAUCAGCUCGCUGCUGCCCUUUUCCGUAGCCUCGGCGAUGCCCAGAAUAGUGCAAAUGCCUUUUGCCAAUCUGCCAGGAUUUUGCUGUAUCUGGGCUCUCCUCAGCUUGCACAGGUGGAGUUAAAAAAAGCAGAGCAGAGUUUGACCUCUGUCCCGAGCUCUGAGGGCACAUCUGUUAUAUCCAUGCUUGCUAUGCUGCAGAAAGCACAGAUACACUAUGCUUUAGGACAGAUGGAGCGUGGUGUGUGCUGCCUGAUGGAGGUGAUAAAGGAGUCUGCUCAGCAUCAUUCUAAGAGCUGGUACCUGCUCAGGGCACGAACACUGCAAACAGCUAGUGAAUACUUGAGUCUGGACACAGAGACUUUGGACUCACAGCUACGUCAGAGCAUCACUCAGCAUGGUCUGAAGACUCCAGACACGGCACAAUAUGAAGGGUUAAAGCUUUUGUGCAGCCUGGUGAUGAUGUUGCUGGGCAAUGGGUUUUACGGAGCCCCUGGACCAAACACAGACACACACUUUGUAGAUCAAGGAGACAGUGUUGUAUUUAAGUGGCUGUUGCUGAGUGAGGUGCUAGUGUCCUCCGAAAGGAUGGUGACCGUGAGGAGCAGCAGUGGGGCUGUUCAUGAAGCUAAAGCUCAGUGUCUAGAGGCUCUCAAACUGGCCACCAAACUGCAGACACUCAGCCACUGUGCUGAGCUGUUGGUGUUGAAAGCAGAACUGGAGUUGAAGAAGGGUGCAAAUGAAGCUAGUAGUUUAGAUCUGGAUCAAGUUAGAAACUUACUUGAUCUCUGCACAGAUUUUGGCCAGGGACGGCAACAGAAAUCUGAGGUUAAAAUAAAACCACGCAAAGGUCGGCCAGCUGCCCCUUCUUCCUCUGGUCACACCCCUGAGGAAGAUGAUGAUCUGAGUGGAAUCCUCAGCUCUCGUGCCCUUCUCAAGGAGCCUGUGGAGACCAUGUCUCGAUUAGGAAGCCAAGGAGCAUCUCCCCCUCUGAAGCCCAAACGCCAGCAUGUGCUUUCGUGUCUGACCCACACAGACUCCUCUGACCUGUCAGUAGAGGCAGUCCAGUCGUACCUGCGUUCCUCGUGGCUCCUCCUCCACCAUUUCCCACCUCCCUCUCUUUUUCCCCACAUCUGCUCACUGCUCGCUCAGUCACUCGGCCAGACGGAUCCCACCACUACUGCAAUGCUACAUGCACAGUCACUGGGUGUGUCCACUCGCCACCACAUGACCCGUCAUGUGGUUAGCCAGUUCAGGAAGCUAAAGAAAUCAUGUAAUGAUGUAGCAGAAGGUCUUGGUGCUCUGAGUCUGGAGGAAACGUCUGGGGCAACACAGUCUCAGAAACUCUCUGCGCUGGAGCAGAUCUUUUCCUUCACCUCCUCACACCCAACACAGUUCCCACAAACACACUGUCAGCAGUUCACGCAGCAGCUGAAAGAUCUGCCAGCAGGAAUAACAGUGUGCAUGCUGUCGCUCACGGGUGUGUAUCCUGAUGAAAUUGGCAGCACUAUUCUCCUGACCCGACUGGAGCGUGGCUCUACCCCAAUCACUGUUCGAAUCCCUACUGCAGACAGAAAGCGCUCUGUUGCUGUGCUGUUGGAAGAAAUGGAUAGAGUGUUGAAGGGGCAAAAGGAAGUGAGCACAGUGGCUGAGAAAUCGCAGUGGUGGGAAGGAAGACAGGCUUUGGAUGCUCGUGUGGAGAAAAUGUUAGAAGAGAUGGAAGAGGCUUUAAGGGUGUGGCGAACUCUACUCCUGCCUUUGUCCUCUGACCCUGAGCUUGAAGUUCAGGUGAAGUGCUUCCAAAAGGCACUGAAAGGAACAAAGAUCACGCAGGACAUUCUUAAGGUGGUUCUCUCAGCAUCUCCACUCCUAUCCCUGCCAGACCUGCAGUGCCUCGUGGAGGGGAUGGGUCAGCAGGACAAGGACUUCCCGAGGCUUCUGCAGGGUGGUGUGACUGAACUGAGAGGAAGGGAGGAGCCAAAGGGACAUACAGUUCUCAUCUUAGAUAAGUUCCUGCAGAGGUUGCCUUGGGAGAACAUCGCUUGUCUGAAGUCUUGUUCUGUCACUCGCAUGCCCUCAUUACAUGCAGUGCUUGGACACGGUCAUCUGAAAGAGUCUGGCUCCUCCCUUCUUCAGCAUUUAGCCCAAUCGCGCAACGCCACACAUUUAAAACAUAUAAUUGGUGCUGCGCCCAUUGCAUAUGGUUUGCCUGUGUAUAUUCACUAGCCCAGAUUUGAAAUUUGAAAUUUUAUUAUUCACAGCUGAAUUUUUUAAUGUGUAAAGGCAACUGUCUGUUAUUUAAGGUAUAAUAUAACCAAUCUCAGGGCUUGUUUACAAUGCAAAGAAUAAGCUCUGCCUACAUGAAAAUGAAUCUAGAAAAUCUAGGACUAAAUCUAACCUGUGCCUAUGCCACAAGCUCAAAAUGUUUUGCCAUUUUAAAGUCCUCAUUUGAUUUCUGCCAUGUUGUUGUUGUGUGGUUGCAGUUGCUGAUUUAGUUACCUCAAGAUCCCAGAAAGUCCCAUUUGUUUUUGAUGUAUAAGUUCUUUCUUGUACAUUUUUAUUUCCUGUUUUUUUAAAGUUUUUUUAAAGUUAUAUCAA